AUGGCGCCACUACUAGGUAGUUGGGACGAAUCAACCACCUCAAAUACUCAAAAUGACUCUUCCAAGGCCGUUUUGUAUGUUGAUGCAUAUGAUUCCUUCUCGUACAAUGUUGUCGCAAUGCUUGAAGAGACUCUGGGAGUGAAAGUCACUGUGAUGACCAUAGACUCUGACUGGCCUGAUGGAAAUAUGCAUGAAUUCUUGCGCCAUUAUGAGGCUGUCGUUCUCGGACCUGGUCCAGGAAACCCCAAUUUACCAAAAGAUGUUGGUAUCAUGAAAGAUAUCUGGAAUCUCCAUGACGCCGAACUACUUCCCGUCUUUGGUAUCUGUCUGGGAUUCCAGAGUCUCUGCCUGCGUCAUGGUGUUUCAGUUGAACGACUUCCAUUCCCACUUCACGGACGAAUUUAUGAGUUUUCAACAACGUCCAAGGAUUUGUUUGCUGGGAUUCCUUCAGUGGAAGUGACGCUGUAUCAUUCUCUUUAUGCGAACCCAAGUAGUUCAACUUGCCCUGCGACUUCAUCCAUGGACGACUUGGAAUUUUUAGCCUGGCUAUCAAUUGGUGAAAAUGACAGUGAGACCGCCCCGAUUCCCAUGGCUGUUCGUCAUCGACAAAAGCCUUUCUGGGGUGUACAGUUUCACCCGGAGUCUUGCAAGUCAGAAAAAGAGGCUUGCAAACAACUCCUUCGUAACUGGUGGAAGAUGGCACUGGCCUUCAACAAGUCCGUUGCACGGGAAACAUAUGGCUCCCUACCUGAAACGAUAAUCACAACUCAAGAUGAGACAAGUCCAUUCCCAGAUGUCGCUUAUGAACUUUUGAGAUGGAGCUCUUCGACAUCGAAUACCUCAGCGCAUCGGUUAAUCGAGCAAGGAGACCUGACUGCAGAGGCUAUUAGCGAGAUUUUCAACAAGCCAGGCGCUCCAACAGUUAUUUUCCAAUCCGAUGACCGAUAUGGUGUCAUCUCAAUUCCUAGCCCGGGUUCCUGGCGGCUAGAAUACAGCGUGGAGUUACAAGAAUUAACCACGUUCCAAUUGGGGGAGUCUCAAGUACUCAAGAGGAGUCUUACCGUGAUUCAACUCUGGGAUGCCCUUCGAUAUCUGAUGGAUAUGAAGAAGGUUGAUUCUGGCAACCCUCAAAGUCCUUUCUGGGGCGGUUUUCUGGGUUACUUUUCCUAUGAAUUAGGUCUUGCCUGUCUUCCUCAUCCCAGGGAUUCAUCACAAUCAAAUGGAUCUCAGAGAGAUUCCAACCACAACACAUCAACGGAUCCGUCAGUUCAGGAUCCUCCAGACGUCAGUUUGUUGUGGUGUGAACGAAGUAUUGUUAUUGACAAGCAGACUGGCACGGUUGUCGCACAGUCUACUUGUAAGUCAGAUGACCAACCGGGCAAGUGGCUCGACGAUGCACUGCGACUACUCAAGCAUCAUUCUAAACACGCUACAAUCAUUGAAAAGUCCGAUCUCGAAUUCUUAGAUUCCACUCUCCGUCAUGGCGUGAUCUCAUUCCCCAAAGAAACGGAUUAUAAAAACCGAAUUGAGGCCUGUAAAGCCGAACUGGAGGCUGGCGAGUCAUAUGAAUUAUGCCUCACAACCGAGACUUCAAUCACCUUGCCAACCCCAGAGACAGAACACGAUCGCGUUGUGUUUCCGUGGAAAUUACACAAACGACUGAAGAAGUACAAUCCUGCUCGAUUCAGCGGGUUCGCCGAUCUAGGCCAUGUCAAAAUUGUCAGCAGCAGUCCAGAAUGCUUUUUGAACUGGGACCGUGACUCUACACUUGAGAUGAAGCCUAUGAAAGGCACUGUCCGAAAGACACCUGAUAUGACAUUGAGUAAGGCCAAAGAAAUCCUAGCCUCAACGAAGGAAAUGGCCGAGAAUCUCAUGAUAGCCGAUCUCAUCCGACAUGAUUUAUACGGUAUCUGUGGAUCUGGUGGAGUCCAUGUUGAGAAGUUACUCGAGGUUGAGGACUAUGGUCGAGUCUACUCCAUGAUUACACAUGUGAAGGGUAAGAUUCGACCAGAUCAACCUGGAUACUCAGUUCGACACAUCCCUCAAUUGAACACGCCUAAUAUGGCUGUUCAUGGCCUUACAACACUGCAAAAAUGUCUGCCUCCCGGGUCCAUGACCGGUGCACCCAAGGAACGCUCAUGCAUGCACCUGAAAGAAAUCGAAGGACGCAAGCGUGGAAUCUAUUCCGGUGUUAUGGGUUACCUCGACCUCGGCGGUGGUGGCAGCUUUGCAGUGCUGAUUCGCAUGGCCUUCACUUGUAGCUCAUCUGAUACCGACUCUCAACAGGUCUGGCGGAUUGGAGCUGGAGGAGCCAUUACCACUUUGAGUACAGCUGAAGGUGAAUGGCAGGAAAUGCUCACCAAGCUGGGUACUGUGGGGAACAUUUUUGGUCCAUUCGAUAGUGAGAGCUGUUGA